GAAGGACAGGUGGAUCUCGCCGCAUCCCGCCCCAUCCUCUGGAUUCCAGGAAGACACAGCCAGCUGCCAAGGUUACUUCCGCGUUUUGUUUAUCAACGCGCUCACCGUGUAUAUUCGCAGUAUAUUCGCACCUUAUAUUCGCGACGAGUUAGUCACAAGUAAAAUUCGUCAGACGGCGCAACGGUUUUUUCGCAACCAUGGAAACUCGCGAGAGCAGAGCGGCGAGCGCAGAGGGGCUUGGAGCUGACGAAAAUGCUGCUAUAAGUCUGGCCAGCUGUUUCGUCUGGUGGGAUACGGAUGACCCGGCACAGCAUCGACGACGUCCAGGAUUUUUCCGCUGGUUUCGCGCACUCCAGUCUUCGGUUACACUCGCUCACUCGUGGGCGGGUUCGAAGGGAUCUCUGAAGUGUGUCGAAGCCGGCUGAAGACUACCCAGGAAGUCAUGGUCCUCGAUUUUUUCUACUACGAGUUCUGACCUUCGCCAGAACGCGCAUUAAAAAAAUGACCAGGAAGACGUGGUGCUGCUGCUCUCAACGCGGGCAUCGGCCACCGAGACAAACGUUGAAUGAGAUCAUGACGUUAAGAGGCAACCAAUCCGAUGCAUGACGCAGGGAGCGCCGGCCUUACCGGCGAGGAGCUGAUCCCUGAAACACGGGACUUCUCCGGGGAGGUUGCUCCGGGAAGCGGACCCGAUGCCCUCUCUCGGGGGCAGAGAGUGUCGGCUUAACCGACACGGUGCGCGAGUGAAAGACGUCCUCACCGGAGAUGCUUCUCGGGCGUCGAUUACAGAUAUGUGUAUAACAAUAUUCAAGCAGCACAGCAAAGUAUACAAACAAAGAGUUUACACAACACUGAACGAAACUAUUAUAUUCCGAUCGACACACGGCACAACAGAACUUUCAAAUGUGCACAAGUCGGCGAAUGGACAGCCUCAAACGGUGCAGCUGCAGCUCUGGGAUACAGCUGGCCAGGAGAGGUUCCGGAGCCUAACCACGGCCUUCUACCGAGAAUCGAUGGGCUUUUUUCUGCUGUUCGACUUGACAAAUGAACAGUCCUUCCUCGCAGUAAGAGAUUGGCUGGAUCAGCUGAGGACGCACGCCUACUGCGAGGAGCCGGACAUAAUUCUCUGCGGUAACAAAUCCGAUCUCGAGGCCAGGCGUGUAAUUAGCGAGCAAAAGGCCCGAGAGCUGGCCAACAAGUACAAUCUGGUGUACUUGGAGACAAGCGCCUCCACCGGACAGAACGUCGAGCGCGCCGUCGAGAUUCUGUUGGAUCGUGUAAUGCGGAGGAUAGACACGAGCGUGGACCGAUCAAUCUUGCCCCACCAGAAGCUGCUCAGGUGCCAUCAGAGCCUCGAGGCGGAGGCCAGCCCGAAGAAAAAGUCCUGCUUCUGCUGAGGGCCUGGCCCUUUUUUUGUCGCCUACACUAUAUCGACUGUAAGUUUGUCGCUGUGCAAUAAAUUGACGAAUGAAAAUAAAAAACGAAUAUACGACUA